GGCGGCGGCGCCGGGGCGGUCCGGCGGGCGGGCGGGCGGGCGGUGGGAGAUGGCGGAGUACCUGGCCUCCAUCUUCGGCACCGAGAAGGACAAGGUGCGGAGGAUUUCCCCGACUGCUGCAUCCUGAUCCUACAGGCUUCUGCCUGCAGCCUUCCACGCGUCCGGGAACGCCUCUAGUUUCUCUGGUUGUUGGAAGCACACACACAAAACCCUCCUAACGAAAAUUUGGUCACCAUCGGCCUGACCAAACCGGCGUGUUUUUCCACUCGUAAAAAUGAAAAGGGGGCAUCGAUGUGCUGCUGGACUAAAUUACUCUUGUCAGCCCCUGGCCGUGGGGCUUCUGCUCUGCUCUGUAGCGCUGCCAUUCCAGGAAAGCAGUGUCGGCAGCCUCUCUUUUGAGCUCUGUUACUGUAGCAUCCUUUCACACAAAGGAGAUACAUAGGAAUUUAAUGCAUUACAGUUUCAGAGUUUUAAUCAGGCAUGAAAUUCCUGUGCAGCUCUUUUUUUCUGUUAAAAAAGGCAAACGGAACCUUCCAGAAGGUGCUGAAGUUGGAGGCACUAUUGGAAAUUUUGUAGUUAGGUAUUUCUUUUUGUUUCAGGUUAGAGUUCAGAAAAGACAAGUCAACUGCUCAUUUUAUUUCAAAAUUGGAGCUUGUCGCCAUGGAGACAGAUGUUCUCGGUUGCACAACAAACCAACAUUUAGCCAGACCAUUGCCCUCUUGAACAUUUACCGUAACCCUCAAAACUCUUCCCAGUCUGCUGACGGUUUGCGCUGUGCUGUGAGCGAUGUUGAGAUGCAGGAACAUUAUGAUGAGUUCUUUGAGGAGGUCUUCACAGAAAUGGAGGAGAAAUACGGCGAAGUGGAGGAGAUGAACGUGUGUGAUAACCUUGGAGAUCACCUAGUUGGAAAUGUAUACGUAAAGUUCCGCCGUGAGGAAGAUGCCGAGAAGGCCGUGAUCGACCUGAACAAUCGCUGGUUCAACGGGCAGCCCAUCCAUGCCGAGCUCUCCCCUGUGACUGACUUCAGAGAGGCCUGCUGCCGUCAGUAUGAGAUGGGAGAGUGUACACGAGGAGGUUUCUGCAACUUUAUGCAUUUGAAGCCCAUUUCUCGAGAGUUAAGGCGCGAGUUGUAUGGGCGGCGUCGUAAAAAGCAUCGAUCCAGGUCGAGGUCCCGUGAGCGCCGGUCCCGAUCCAGAGAUCGCGGCCGUGGCGGCGGCGGAGGAGGCGGCGGCCGCGAGCGCGACAGGAGGCGGUCAAGGGAUCGCGAACGGUCCGGUCGAUUCUGAGCCAUGCCAUUUUUACUGUAUGUCUGCUAGAAAGUGUUGUAGUUUGACCAAACAAGUUCAUAAUGACAUUUUUUUUAAAAGAUGGGCUUCUGAAUAAAAAAUUUGUAGUGAUACAGUA